AUGCAGACCAUGUCAUACUUCCACAUGGAUGGAAACCCCAGUGAAGUCACACAAUGGAAUCCCGCGCCAUUGACAUCAUUACCUCCAAUAGAGGUGAAAUACGCGGGACCAUCACAGGGCAUUGCAGGAAUCAUAUGCUACGGCUCGCACCUGAUGCCACACCUCCUAGCAGAUGCUAUCAAUGGCACAGUUAUAGCUGUUGUCGAGAUUCAAGAUCCCAAGGCGUUCCAGACUGCUUUGAAGCACGGGAUUAGCUCUGAUGAAAUUUCACAGGAUGUUGAAAUGGGAGUUGGCGAGCUCGAAGAGGCUGAGGGACAUAUCUCACCGACAUUAGACCAGUUAUCUGUGACAAGAACGCCAGAGAGCAUUCCUUUCAUUCGACAGGAGGUAUCGCUGAACCCUAAGUAUACGCAAAAUAUCGGCUUAGCGCUCAUAAGGGGCAUCGAUACCCAGCGUGAGGUGCUACAACUCCUAACACCACUCGAUCCUAACAAGAUCGAGACUGCCAGGAAAAAUGGCAGCGUGAUCGUUCCGCUUGCGGGCAAGUUUGAUCCACCAACCUGGGCAUAUGUGGAAGACCGGUACAGUCAGGGGCACUCUGCCAGGAGUAAAGAACGCGAGCAGAAUGAGUCGCUUGAGGUUAUGGAUGAAGACACAGAUGAAGACAUGUCCGAUGACGCCGAGGACGAGCAGGAGUCAUUGGCUGAUCAGUCUGAGAUACCCUGGACGGAAACGCUUCAUGGAGGUCAGAAGCGAGCGGUUGGAUCUCGAGUCUGGAGAGUGAGAAGAGAUCUUGGUCGAGGCGGAACUGCUGCCGGUUAG